ACAUGAUGUGAAGGAAGAGUGAAGUUGGGAAAUGGAAAAGUGAGAUAGGCCAGAGGGGUCUGCUGUGCUGGGGGGGGGAGGGGCACCGAGCACACUCUCCUCGGGUGUCCCCUCCCCCACCUGCAAACCCCCUUUGUGACUCCCAUCCUCUGUGAUGCAGGCAGGAGUAUAUAGUCAAGCUCUUGCACCCUCAGAACUCAGUUGCCUCAGGCAGCCUUGCGAUUCAGAUGGAGAAUGUUCUCUAUUUUGUUGAAUAGCUAUAUGGAGCCAUGGCUGAGCUAUGGCUCAACUUUCUUAGAUGCAGACCCCAACAGUACCUUUCUGAGUGCUGUGGGGUUGCUGCUUCUGCCCCUGUGCUAUCUGUUGCUGAAACCAUUUUUACCAACCUUCUGGGACCAAGAGGAUAUCCCAAAGCUACAGCACAGAAGCAGGAGGAGGAGGAGGAGGAGAAGCACAACACUUAAAGGUUGGAGAGCAAGCCUGAAAGAAAGACAGGAGGGGAGGAAGCUGCUUUCCUUUGUGAAAAGCCCCCUGGACCAGCAUCCUGAUAUCAUCCACUUCCGACAACUGCUGUGUCCAGACCCCCUCUGUGACAUCUGUAACACCACAACAGCUAAAGUCAGUCGAAUGUUCUUUCAGGCAUCCCUGGAAGAUGCUGCUCAUACUGCGACCUACUUGACUUCCACAGAUUCUGACUCAUCAAGCACACAGUCCUUUGCCAUCUCACCAGUCCUUCCAGGACACCAAAUUCCAGGCCCUGUGCCUGAACCUUCUCCACCUCUGCCCUCUGUUCUCCCACCUAACCUGGUAACCUCUUUUGUAGACUCACUGUCACCUGUGCCACUGGGUGACUGUCAGCAUGCAGAGCCUACUCCUCCCUUAGACUCCAAAUCCCCAGUGGACCAUUCUCCACCAGAGCCACUUUCCUGUCCCACUUCCCUGCUAUACUGCACUCAGGAAGGAAAACUGAUUCUUCAAUCAAAAAGCACCUCGUCAGUUAAUGACAGUGCUGGUAGGUUCUCCACUAACCACCUUUAUCCCAUGGAAGCCUCUCUUCAUCACAGUGAAGGUUAUCUUGUAGAGCCUGGAAACCUCAAGUUUCUCAGCCCUGAGAGCUGGGCCCUCCUGGAAAGACAAAUUAAAAAGAAAGGUGAUUUGCUGAUGGGCAAAGGUCAGGGAAAGGGAACAGAAUCUUUUCCAAAGCAACAUCAGCCAGAUUCCCCACUAAAUUUUCCAUGGAAAAGAUCAGAGUCAUCUGCUGAUCAGUGGCAUUCUGCACGCCCCCUUCCUAUUUGGAGCAGUGAAGGCAAACCAGAGGAGCUGCUCACACAUCUGAAGCCCCCAGGUCUUAAGACCUUGGGGGAUCAUUUAGAGCAAAAAUAUAGCCAGUUCUUCUGGGGUCUUCCAUCUCUACACAGUGAGUCACUGAACUCCACUGUACCUGCCUCAGGCGACUGUUCUUCAAGUUUUAUUUGCUUUAAUACGAUCUGCAGCACCUCCACAGCCCAUGAAUCUCCAGUCCCUCCACAUCCUUCACCUCUAUCCUUGCCCGAGGCCCAACCUCAACCCUUGUCCCAAAUUCUGCCCCAAUCUCACUUCCCUGAUACCCUUCCUGUGCAGACCCAGGCCCAGUGUCAGUCCCCACCUUUAAGUCUGUUACCUUCUACUCAGUGCCAGCCUAGAAGCUGUGGAGUGUGUUUUCACGGCACCCAGGGUGAGAUACAGUCCCUUACACCAGCUGAAAUUCAACAUCUGGAAGGUAACGUACUGCAGAAAGUACAGGAGAGUGUGUGGGGCCUACCCUAUGUGGUCCAAAGAUCUCGGGAAGACUUCUGUCCUCCAGCUCCCAAGCUUUCACUGAUUCGCCAGGCCUCCAAGGCCCAUAUGCCAGUUUCCAUCUUACCUGGAGAUUUCCCCUGCAGCAGUGAGCUGCGAAAGAAACUAGAGCACCACCUUCGGAAGAGGCUCAUUCAACACCGCUGGGGCCUGCCCCGAAGAGUCCUUGAGUCGCUAUCCAUGAUGCAACCCCGGAGUCAGGUCCCUCAGGCCUCUGAGUCAAAAGAAAGUUAUGGGCUUUCUUGGAUCUCUUUGUAUAAGGGUCAGAGCAGCAAGGACUUGAGCCAGUCUGGAACCGUCUAUGAGAGGAGUUCAGAAGUGCUGCCUUUAGAGGAAGGGGUGGGGAAUAACGAGGGUCAGAGCCCAGCGAGUGGCCCCCAAAACCUGUUGAGUGCCCAUGACAGGAUCACAGAUAGUGCUCAGGGCUCUUACUCAGAGGAAGCCCUGGAAAGUGAAGCGGGGGAACAUUCAGAGUCCUCAAAUGUGAGUGUACACCAGAAACACCUUGAAAAUGCCCUGAAAGUACACUUAAGUAAGAAGUUUGAGGAAAUUCAUGAGGGCCAGAUCCCUGAUGCUGUGAAUAAAUCAUGGCAUUCCAUCAACCUGACCCUUCCCUUUCCUGAGAAAUCUCCCAGCCAAAUAAAAGGCAGAGAUAGAACACCACUGGUGGGUAAGGACAGCUACGUGGACACCUCCCAAGAUAUUUCCUUCCUUAGUUCCAGCAAACAAAAGAUGAUGGAAGAGCAUAUUCUAACUUUUCGUAGGAGAAUGAUGUGGGGCCUUCCUCACAAAGUCCAGGAAUCCAUAGAAAUCUCCAACAUAAAGGAGGACCUGCACCCGGCUCUUUCUCAUUCUAAAUCUCCCUUCUCAGAUACCUAUAUUUCUGACUUGGAUUCUAAAACGGGGGUCUUCAAGACCCUUAGAAGAAGUUCUAAUGCUUCGCAAGCACACAAAGUGGAAACAAAUUCAGUUGUGGGUCUUCCUCACUCUGCUACCUCACAUGCGGGCAUGGAAGGACACAGGGCGCUGAGACAGUCACCCAAAACUUACACCAACCCUGAGCUUACAGAGAACAUGCGGACAGUGGAGCGUGGCACACAGGUCUCUCUGCUCCCCACACGCAGGAACACAGACACAGGGGGUCAGAAGCAGACCCUACAAGACAAGAGACGCCACCCAAAGCCACCCACAGGGCAGGCUGGGGCUGCACCUGAAGUACGUGCUAAGAGAAUGCGUUCCUGCAGUGACAAAGGGAGGCUGCAGAGCACAGUAACAAAGCAGUUAGAAUAUUUACCCAAGUGUGACAAGUCCAGGGAGAUAGUUAAAGCAGAGGAGCUGAGUGAUCUUCAGUCACAGACUAGUAACAUCUCGUCAACUGGCAAGUCAGGGCUCAUUCUAAGGAGAGGUGUAAAUGCCAGUAAAAGAGAAACUUCCCUGAUCACCAAAAGGCCCCUUCCAAGAACAGCAUGUUCCCAAGACUUUAAAUCAUCAAAAUCUGGAAAUCGUCUACUUAAUGAGCUGAAGUUUAAUGUAGAGAGCAGGAAGAAGAGCCAGUCUCAGGGCCCUCCCACUAAUGUGUCUCUUGCCUCCAAGAACUUGAAAACCCAGACCUUACUCCAUCAUGACCAGAGUGCCUCCGGUGGGGACAUGACGGUUUCCCAGGUGAUGCAUGCUCACUUGGACAUCACAAAAUCCCACCUGGAGCAGCAGCAAGCGCCCUGGUUCCCUAAACAAGUCUUAUGCAAACACCAAGACAGGAAAUUCCCUCCAGAAUCAAAAAGAGAGCGUCCUUUGACACUCAAAACAGGAGACCUCAGUGGAGGGGAUGCCAGGCUCGACACACACCAGCACAGAAGACGCCGUCCAGACCGAGACAGGACACUAGAAAAGACUCUCGGGGGCAAAUCUUCCCAAGCCCUGUCACCGAGAGGAGAGCCCCCUCCUGAAAAUCUCUUCAGAAACAAGAUGAAACACUUUUUCAAAUGGAUUUGUCCUAGUGUGAAACCAGAGGCCAAGAAAGCCCCUCAAAAAGGCCAGCUCCUGAUUGCCCUUGGCACAGAAAGGGCCCAGUUAGAGGGGGAACUGGCUUUAUUGAGAACACCAAAGACUAGAAAGUUGCCACAACCUUGGCAAAAGUCUUUUACUAGAAUUUGCAGGAAGGAUAUUUUGUUCCCCUAAAAUAAUUCCUUCUGUGUUGAAAAUAUGGAUGGCCCCCAAUAAAUGUCCUAAAA